CUCUCUCUCACCGGAUCGGAUUCUCACACCACAAUGCAACAACCUAGCUGGGACUGGGACUGGGACUCCGAGCUGCUCCUGCUGGUCAGUGGCGAGAAGAAAGCGGCGUAGCCAGUUAUUAGCAUGUCGUCGUGGCUGCACUACUCCGACGGCCAGCGGCGGUCCUGGAAGCGCAGCUGGGCGGCGCGCGCCCUGUCGUCGUGCUCGCUGCCGCCGCCCGGCCUGCUGGCCUUCUUCGCCAUCGUCGUUUUCUUCCUUGCCGUCUCCGGGUACGUGGACUACAAGGCCAUCGAGCGCCGCGCCGAGAUCGGCGCCCGCGUCUUCGCCGCGCCGCUCGCCCUGGCCACCGUCUUCCUCCUCUUCGUCGCGCUCAGCUGGCGCCGUAGGUACUGGGCCACCAGGAGGAGGAAGGCGGCGCACCACUACCCAUGGUCGUCGUCGUCGUCGUCGCAGCACGAGGCGGACGCGGUGGCGCCGUGGGGCGUGUUGGCGGCGGUGGCCAUACUGCUGCUCAUGAUGACGUUCCAGCAGUCCGUCCACUCCAUGUGGUUCAGGCCGCUCUGGGACUCCGACUACUACGACCCCUAAAAGCAGGUUGAUCGAGCUGAGUAGUACUUACUCGCUAGCUACGAAUCCAAUCCUCCUCUUUUUUUUUCUUCUUCUUCUAAAAUAAAAAUGAGAUAUAUUUGUGUAUGCUUUGUUAUAUAAUAAUUAUUAUAUUAUUAUUAAGUACAAUAUAUCUAUUAGUAUACUUUUGUAUUGUGUAUGUUGUUAAUAUUGAUAUAGCUACGUCGUGUAAUGACUUGGUU